CCGGAAUCGCCGCCGGGGGAGGGAGCCAGGGGGCCGGACAAAAGGCGCAGCGGCAGGAGGAUGGCCGUGGAGGGGUCGAGGGGCCCCAGCGGGCAAAGGACCCAGCCGUGAUCCGGCGGAGUGGGCCAGGGCGCCCGGUGGGGUGGGGGGCAGCUGGUGGCGGCGGCAGUGGCCACACACCUGGAUGGAAGCGAGCUUUGUCCAGACCACCAUGGCUCUGGGGUUGUCCUCCAAGAAAGCGUCUUCCCGCAAUGUGGCCGUGGAGCGUAGGAACCUGAUCACCGUGUGCAGGUUCUCUGUGAAAACGCUGCUGGAGAAGUACACGGCGGAGCCCAUCGAUGACUCAUCCGAGGAGUUUGUGAAUUUUGCGGCCAUCUUAGAGCAGAUCCUCAGCCACCGUUUCAAAGGUCCUGUGAGCUGGUUCAGCUCAGACGGGCAGCGGGGCUUCUGGGACUAUAUCCGGCUGGCCUGCAGCAAAGUGCCCAACAACUGUGUGAGCAGCAUCGAGAACAUGGAGAACAUCAGCACAGCCCGAGCCAAGGGCCGGGCAUGGAUUCGGGUGGCUCUGAUGGAGAAACGCAUGUCGGAAUACAUCACCACAGCCCUGCGGGACACCCGGACCACCAGACGUUUCUAUGACUCAGGAGCCAUCAUGCUGCGGGAGGAAGCCACGGUCCUCACUGGGAUGCUGAUCGGACUGAGCGCCAUUGACUUCAGCUUCUGCCUAAAGGGCGAAGUGCUGGACGGGAAGACCCCCGUAGUCAUCGAUUAUACGCCCUACCUGAAGUUCACCCAGAGCUACGACUACCUGACGGACGAGGAGGAGCGGCACAGCGCUGAGAGCAGCACGAGCGAGGACAACUCGCCCGAGCACCCAUACCUGCCGCUCGUUACCGACGAGGACAGCUGGUACAGCAAAUGGCACAAGAUGGAACAGAAGUUCCGCAUCGUCUACGCGCAGAAGGGCUACCUGGAGGAGCUGGUGCGUCUGCGCGAGUCGCAGCUGAAGGACCUGGAGGCGGAGAACCGGCGGCUGCAGCUGCAGCUGGAGGAGGCAACGGCGCAGAAUCAGCGCGAGAAGCGGGAGCUGGAAGGCGUGAUCCUGGAGCUGCAGGAGCAGCUGACAGGUCUGAUCCCCGGUGACCACGGCCCCCUGGCCCAGGGUUCCAAGGAUCUCACCACACGCCUGGUCAACCAAUGGCCGUCACUGGGAACACUGAAUGGGGCCGAGGGUGCCAACAACCCCAAGCUCUACCGGAGACACAGUUUCAUGAGUACGGAGCCGCUGUCAGCUGAAGCCAGUCUGAGUUCGGACUCCCAGCGCCUGGGAGAGGGCAAGCGGGACGAGGAGCCCUGGGGCCCCCUCGGGAAGGACCCCACGCCCUCCAUGCUGGGCCUCUGCGGCUCCCUGGCCUCCAUCCCCAGCUGCAAGUCCCUGGCGAGCUUCAAAUCCAACGAGUGCCUGGUGAGCGACAGUCCUGAGGGCAGCCCGGCACUGAGCCCCAGCUGAGGAGCGGCGUGGGCAGUGCCAGCGCCACCUGCCAGGGGCACAGACACAGAGGCCCCCAACCCAGGCCAGCCUCCCAGAGAGUGCUGCCCACUCAGCCAGGGGUCUUGCGGGAAAGACACCCUUUGCUUCUAGCCCAGUUUAGCUUCCUGCCCAAGGAGGCAGGAGCUGUAGAGGGAGGCUGGUCAGGCCAGGAGACAGGGGCACUGAGGCCACAGGAAGCCCUUGGGGAAGCUUCUGGCAACCCUGAUGUCUGGCUAGCUCCCUACCAGACUCUCCCCUGCUCAUGUCCCCCACCCUCCUCAGGACCUGGUGGCCCAGCCUCAGCAUCCUCACCUCCCAUGCCUCUCCUGUCUGUCCCUGUGUACCCCCUGGAGUCCCUCCCUCCUCAGCUCCCAGGACGGGGGCUUCAAGGGGAUCAGGCAAAUAAAAACCAGAGGACUGA